CCCCACUAGGAAGUGACCUCAGGUGUGCUGUUCUGACUUUUCCUCCUGUUGGGAGUUCACGGUGUUUUCAGGCCAACGGACAGUCGGAGCUGCUGCAGGAGAAAAGAAAACCAGAAGAAGGAAGAACAGAUCGGUGUCCUCCUACAGGGAGCUGAACCUUCAUCAUCAUCAUCAUCAUCAUCAUCACCUUCAUCAGUGGUUGAGUCAUGGCGGGAGCUCUCAGGAUGAGUGAAGCUCAGUUCAUCAACGUCUACGACAACGACCUGCAGAUGAACUUGAUGCAGUACGACUACAUUCCUCCAGUGGACAUAAAGACGGAGCCCUACAUACCUGAGACAGCUCACGGUCCUUACAUCCAGAUCAUCGAGGAGCCCAAACAGAGGGGCUUCCGGUUCCGUUAUGAGUGCGAGGGCCCGUCCCACGGGGGGCUCCCAGGGGCCUCCAGCGAGAAGAACCGGAGGACGUACCCGACCGUGAAGGUCAAUAACUACGUGGGCCACGCCCGGGUGGAGGUCCAGCUGGUGUCCCACACCGAUCCCCCUCGUGUCCACGCCCACAGUCUGGUGGGACGCCACUGCACCGAGAGCGGCACCUGUACGCUGGACAUCGGCCCCAACGACCUCACCGCCUCAUUCAGUAACCUGGGGAUCCUCCACGUGACCAAGAAAGGUGUGGUAGAGGUUCUGAGCCGGAGACUCAGGGACGAGAGGAAGAGACAGAAAGGAGCUCACCUUCACCUCACAGAUUCAGAGGAAACCUCCAUGGUGAAGGAGGCCAAGGAGCUGGGCAAGGUGAUGGACCUGAACAUCGUGAGGUUAAAGUUCACCGCCUACCUCCAGGACAGCAACGGGGGCUUCACCCGGGGGCUGAAACCCGUCGUCUCCAACCCCAUCUACGACAGCAAGUCACCGAACGCCUCCAACCUGAAGAUCUCUCGGAUGGACAAGACGUGCGGGACGGUGCUCGGCGGAGACGAGAUCUUCCUGCUGUGUGACAAAGUCCAGAAAGAUGACAUCGAGAUCCGCUUCUACGAGGAGGACGACGAGGGAGGCUGGGAGGCGUUCGGGGACUUCUCACCUACCGACGUCCACAAGCAGUACGCCAUCGUGUUCAAAACGCCGCCCUAUCACAGCGCAGAGAUCGAGAGGCCCGUCACCGUCUUCCUGCAGCUGAAGAGGAAAAAGGCCGGCGACAGCAGCGACCCCAAACAGUUCACCUACAUCCCCCAGGUCCAAGACAAAGAGGAGGUGCUGAGGAAGAAGCAGAAGCCACUGCCUCACUAUGAGCCCUGGAGAGGAGGAGGAGGAAGAGGUGGAGGAGCGGGGGGGUUUGGAGGAGGAGGAUUCCAGUUCAACCAGCAGAUGAAUGGAGGAGGAGGAGGAGGAGGAGGAGGAGGAGGAGGAGGAGGAGGAGGAGGAGGAGGAGGAGGAGGAGGUUUCUUCACUGAAGGCUUCACAGGCUUCGGGGGAGGGACCCAGAUGUCAGGCUCCACCCCUCAGACAGGGGUUACCCAGCAACAGACCGACGGACAGAGUGGCUCGCCACUACAGCAGCAGCUGUUUCAUCUCGCCGCCGCCCUCCACAGCAGAGCCUCUCAGAAUGCCAGACAGACGGCCGCUGCCCUGCUGCAGUACUGCAGCACCGGGGACGCUCGGGUCCUUCUGGCAAUCCAGAGACACCUCUGUGGCGUCCAGGAUGGCAACGGAGACACUCCUUUGCACCUCGCCAUCAUCCAUCAGCAGACAGGUGUGAUCCAGCAACUGAUCCACACUCUGCUCAGCAGCCAGCAGCAAAACAUCCUCAACACAGCUAACUACCUCCAACAGACUCCUCUCCACCUGGCGGUGAUCACCCGGCAGGUGAAGGUGGUGGAGGUGCUGCUGAGGGGGGGGGCCGACCCCAGCCUGCUGGACAACGACGGUCGCAGUCCCCUCCACCUGGCGGCGCUGGCCGGAGACACCGCCACGCUCCGCCCCCUGCUGGCUCACCUGGGAGAACGAUACGCCCACCUGGUCAACACCCCUGACUUCCACGGUCUCCAUCCUCUCCACCUGGCCGUGAGGAGGGACGGAGAGCGCUGUCUCCGCCUCCUGGUGGAGGGCGGAGCCAAAAUCAACGCACCUGAGCAGAAGAGUGGAAACACCGCCCUCCACCUGGCAGUCAGGGAAAACCUGUUCAAGGUGGCCUGCACGCUCAUCACAGAGUUGCAGGCGGACGUCAACGCGGUCUCGUUCGGGGGCAACGCUCCGCUCCACCUGGCUGCCGGUCUCGGCUCCCCGACCUUCUGCUCCAUGCUCGUCGCUGCAGGCGCUGAUAGAAACGUGGAGAACGACGAGCCGCUCUUCUUCAGCUCCUCUUCAGACGAAGAGCAGGACGAAGAUGAACCAAUCAGAGAGCGGGAGGCCGGCUCGCAGCCAAUCAACCCCCGCAAGAGACCUGCAGGAGGCCACACCCCUCUGGACCUCACCAAGUGCCAAAAGGUGAGGAACCUGUUGAGCAGCGGUCAGAGUCCUAAGUCGAGUCUUCACGGCAGUAAGAGGAAGAAGCCGAGCAGCACUGAAGAGCUGCAGGUGGACGAGGACACGCUGUCCCGGCUGGUGGAGCUGCUGAGCGUGGGGGACGUCCCCUGGAGGACACUAGCAGAGAAGCUGGGGAUGAUGACGCUGACUCACCUGUACCUGGACAGCCCGGCGCCUUGUCACCAGCUGCUGCAGCACUACCAGCUGGGUGGAGGUCCGGUUGAAGGUCUGGUUGAAGCUCUGCAGGCUCUCGGUCUGUCAGAAGGAGUCCGACUGCUGAGAAACAACGAGCUACGAGACGAUAAACACAGCACAGACGCCACGGUUGACAGCGGCUUCGGCAGCCAGCCAAUAGACGACGACGAGCCGCCUGUGGCCAAUCAGUGACGAGCUGUAAAUCAAGUCACAUCUAGAACAGCGUGGUCAUCUCAUCCUGCAGGGACGUGGACUCUGUGGGGGGACCGGGACUGUACGGGGGGACGUGGACUGUACGGGGGGACGUGGACU